GCGCGAAGGAUGGCGCCAAUAAAGUGGAUUUCUAAUUCACAUUUUUAACUAGGAAGUAGCUCUGAAAUGGACCGUCCUCGGCCACCUAAGAGACCAAAGGUUCUGCAGCUUAAUGCCCGCUGCGAGCGCCACCGUCGGGAGCGGAUCGCUGCCGGGUUCGCCCGACUGUACCGCUGCCUGCCGUCCUAUGACCCGGAGGCACCGCUGCCGUCCAAGCAGGCACUGCUGCUGCAGGCGGCCGAGCAGCUGGCGGCGCUGCGGGGCUCGGUGGACCGGGAACAAGACACUCGCCCGCCGGCGGGCUCAGAGGCGGCUCGUCGUCUGGCUGACCUGGAGCGUCAGGUGGCCGCUCUGAAGGUGCGGAACAGUGAGCUCAGCUACCACGUGCUCAAGGCCCGCGGCGGCGGUGCCGGCGGCCGCUCUCGCAGCUCUCGUCGUCGCCUGCCGACUCCCGGUCCCGGGACAUCCGGGGCUCCCGCUGCUGUAGCUGCCAGAGAUGCUGCGUCAGCGCAGUCGCUGCUGCAGUCGUCCCUGCAGCCGGUGACGCUGGUGCAGUCGGCUGCAGCGGCCGGCUGCACCCAGCUGCUUGUGCUUGCGGUAGCUGCUGCGCCGACAAUGUACGAGCCGCAGUACCAGCCGGAGCAGGGGUACUGGUACGGCGCGCCGCAGCAGCCGCCUCCCCCACCCCCACCGCCACCACCUCCGCACAAGAUGGUGCCGGCGCGACCGCAGCAACAGAUGCCGCCUCCGCCGCCAGCAGCUGCACCCCAGUACCCGAUUCCGCCCUUCUAUCAGCGUCCUUUCGAGCCGCAGUAUUCGGCAAAGCCGGGAUACUACAAGGUGCCACAGCAGAAGGCAAACGAUGUUGUUCCUCAGGUACUUCUACAAGCAGAGACGCAGCGACAGCAACAGCGACGGAGGCUGGAAGAUCGCGGGGCGCAACAGCAGUCUCAACAACAGACUCAGCAACAGCCACCGCCUCCAGCGCAGCAACAGCAGCAGGCUCCACCUCCACCGCCCCCUCCUCAGCAGCAACAACAGCCACAGUCUCAACAAACUCAACAGCAGCAGCAGCGUCCUGUUGCCAACGAGGAUAUCAGUCAGACGUUCACUUCGGCUUCGGUGAUGCAACGACCGCUGACUUCGCAGCAGGCCACACAGCAGCAGCAACAGCAACAGCUGCACUCUCAGCAGUCGCUGCAGACCGACCCUCAGCAGCAGCAGCAGCAGCAACAGCAACAACAGCAGCAGCAACAGCAGCAGCGCGGCAGGCAGCAACCGGUGUCUGGAAGUCAGUCCCUGUUCUCCGUUCACCAUCUGGUCAGUCAAGAGCGGAAAGAUGAACGAAAAGAACGCCGCAAACCGGAGAAGAAAGGAGCUGGUCGCAGCACUGCCCGCAAGACCAAGUCGAGCUACUCUGCGGAAGCUUUGCUAGCGCCUCCGAUCGCGGCGGAGCCUCCGCCGGUCGCGGACAGGCCUUCGGAUGAGCUAGCAGAGCUGUGUCAAAUGGGAGUGUACAGUCCUCAGUAUUUGCCACCUCAGAGCAGCACUUGGGGGCACCGUGGUGGGCUGGGCUCCGCGCCUCCGCCGCCGCCGCCUCCGCCGUCAGCCGCCGCCGUCCAGGCAGGGUACCCUCUGCCGCCAGCCUCCGAGCUCAGACAAGCCAGGAAAGAUCGGUCUCCGACCAAAGCUGCGCUGGAGGCACGGAAGCUGGACGACAUCCUUCUAUCAUCAUCGUUCUUCGACUGUCCGAACACGUUCUUCCCUGCGGCGACGUACACGCCGCCAGUGGAUGACUCCAACUUCCUGGGGGCGAUCUUCAGCCGCGCCGAGCCGCCGCCGCCUCCCCCGCCGUCCUCGGCAAUGGCUGCGCGGGACGGUCGCCACAGGGGCGACGAGCGGUCCGCGCCGGCCGAGCCGGAGACACCGCGAGGCCAGUGCGAGCUGUGGAUGCCGGCCAACGUCAGCACACUGACCAGCUUCAACCUCAGCAACCUGCUGCCCGAGAUCGGCAACAAGGUAAGCUCCCCGGCGUACCCUGCCGGCCUGAGUAGCUCGGUGGCCGGCCCGCCGGGGCCGCGGCCUCCCACCCUGAUGGGCUCCGACACGCGCAACCUCACUACCCCGGAAAUGCCGGGCGUCAACCACCACCUGCAGCUGCCGCCAGCGCCCAGCGCCCAGGUGAGCCUGGGCGCGCCACUGCCUCCGUUUUCGUCUGCUGCCUCGCUGGGCUCCGUGGCCACUCUCAGCAUGACCAGCCAUCAGUGA